GGGGGCGGACUGGGGCGGGCGGAAGGAGAGCCAGGCCGGAAGGAGGCUGCCGGAGGGCGGGAGGCAGGAGCGGGCCAGGAGCUGCUGGGCUGGAGCGGCGGCGCCGCCAUGUCCGACAGCGAGAAGCUCAACCUGGACUCGAUCAUCGGGCGCCUGCUGGAAGUGCAGGGCUCGCGGCCUGGCAAGAAUGUACAGCUGACAGAGAACGAGAUCCGCGGUCUGUGCUUGAAAUCCCGGGAGAUUUUCCUGAGCCAGCCCAUUCUUCUGGAGCUGGAGGCACCCCUCAAGAUCUGCGGUGACAUACACGGCCAGUACUACGACCUUCUGCGACUAUUUGAGUAUGGCGGUUUCCCUCCCGAGAGCAACUACCUCUUUCUGGGGGACUAUGUGGACAGGGGCAAGCAGUCCUUGGAGACCAUCUGCCUGCUGCUGGCGUAUAAGAUCAAGUACCCCGAGAACUUCUUCUUGCUCCGUGGGAACCACGAGUGUGCCAGCAUCAACCGCAUCUAUGGUUUCUACGAUGAGUGCAAGAGACGCUACAACAUCAAACUGUGGAAAACCUUCACUGACUGCUUCAACUGCCUGCCCAUCGCAGCCAUAGUGGACGAAAAGAUCUUCUGCUGCCACGGAGGCCUGUCCCCGGACCUGCAGUCUAUGGAGCAGAUUCGGCGGAUCAUGCGGCCCACAGAUGUGCCUGACCAGGGCCUGCUGUGUGACCUGCUGUGGUCUGACCCUGACAAGGACGUGCAGGGCUGGGGCGAGAACGACCGUGGCGUCUCUUUUACCUUUGGAGCCGAGGUGGUGGCCAAGUUCCUCCACAAGCACGACUUGGACCUCAUCUGCCGAGCACACCAGGUGGUAGAAGAUGGCUAUGAGUUCUUUGCCAAGCGGCAGCUGGUGACACUUUUCUCAGCUCCCAACUACUGUGGCGAGUUUGACAAUGCUGGCGCCAUGAUGAGCGUGGACGAGACCCUCAUGUGCUCCUUCCAGAUCCUCAAGCCCGCCGACAAGAACAAGGGGAAGUACGGGCAGUUCAGUGGCCUGAACCCUGGAGGCCGACCCAUCACCCCACCCCGCAAUUCCGCCAAAGCCAAGAAAUAGCCCCCGCGUACCGCCCUGUGCCCCAGAUGAUGGAUUGAUUGUACAGAAAUCAUGCUGCCAUGCUGGGGGGGGGUCACCCCGGCCCCUCAGGCCCACCUGUCACGGGGAACAUGGAGCCUUGGUGUAUUUUUCUUUUUUUUUUUUUUUUAAUGAAUCAAUAGCAGCGUCCAGUCCCCCAGGGCUGCUUCCUGCCUGCACCUGCGGUGACUGUGAGCAGGAUCCUGGGGCUGAGGCUGCAGCUCAGGGCAACGGCAGGCCAGGUCGUGGGUCUCCAGCCGUGCUUGGCCUCAGGGCUGGCAGCCGGAUCCUGGGGCAACCCAUCUGGUCUCUUGAAUAAAGGUCAAAGCUGGAUUCUC